UAGAGAGGACCCAGUCCUCUCAAAGAGGCCUGUUAGAGACAACAAGGACACGCUGGAUUCUGGGCAGACGGCUGGACAGCGAUGGAGACACUACUGGCAAUGACUUUUGGUACAGUUUGACCCGGCUGUGAAUUUCCUUGAAAACAUCCUCUUCAGUUUUUCGUCCUUUUUGCGACACAGCGAGUCGGGGAUGGAGCAAGCACCCAGCGCACCGAGCCCUCCUCCCAAACCGGCCCACCACGAGCCCAUCAGCUUCGGCAUCGACCAGAUCCUGGGAGCCGGUACUGAGCCGGAAAGCGGGCGCACGGCUGGAAGACAAAGUGGAUCCGAUUUAAGCAACGGGGACGGUUAUUACAGUUUAGGAAGCCCGACCGGGGCCAGCGCGCCCUCAUACACCGCGCUGUCUAUCUCCCUCUCCGGUAUAAUGCCUCCGGUGGAGGCUUCAGGUUCAUACGGGGAAAGCAGGAGUCUGGGCAGCCGGGGAGUGAUUCGAGUCCCGGCUCACAGACCCAUGACAGCCCCGGGACCUCCGGCCCCUGUCCAGGGCGCUGUGCCUGGGUUUGGAGGGCUGUGCUUCCCCUGGAUAGGAAACCGGUUCGCCAAAGACAGAAUAUCAGCGGCUCUGGUGCCGUUUGCCGUUACGCGGCGGAUAGGACACCCGUACCAGAACCGGACACCUCCCAAACGGAAAAAGCCCCGCACGUCCUUCUCCAGAGUCCAGAUCUGCGAGCUGGAGAAGCGCUUCCACCGGCAGAAGUACCUGGCCAGCGCCGAGCGAGCAGCCCUGGCCAAGAGUCUGAAGAUGACAGACGCACAGGUCAAAACCUGGUUCCAGAACCGCAGGACCAAGUGGAGGAGACAGACAGCCGAGGAGAGGGAGGCGGAGCGUCAGCAGGCCAAUCGCCUCAUCCUGCAGCUGCAGCAGUCCGCCCUCCAGAAGUCCCUCAGCGAAUCAGCGGUGUCGGAUCCAUUGUGCGCCCAUAACUCCUCCCUGUAUGCCCUGCAGAACCUCCAACCUUGGGCCGAGGACAGGGAAUAGAGACCAGGCUGUAAUCAACAAGCAUCAUCUAUUAUCCCUGGGAGGAUAAAUAAAUUCAAUUAGGCCAUGAGGACAGUGGGACUUACUCUGAUCCAUAAAAUGGAGAAAAAAAAAUGUUGGACCAGAAAAACUGAAGAAUUUGGUUACAGCCGUUUGAGUGGAUGGUUGUGAAAAAUGGACCUGAAAUGAUGGUGAGUGAUGAAGCAUAAACAGACCUUUCUUGGAAUAAAUCUUGCCACUGUGUACUUGGGAACAGUGAGACUUUUUCAAAUCCAAAAAUGAAACAGAACUUGUUAUAAAAUUUUCUUGUCACCCUGUGAUUGUCCUUGUUAUGCUUGUACUUAUUCUUUUUAUUAGAAUAAGAAGCAGAAAGACAUUUACCCUAUAGACCUGAAAGAGGAAAUUAAUUCUCCACAGCGAGACACAACACACACCAUCUUCCUAUCUAAUAACAGACUUUGCUACACUUCGAAAGGGGGCCAGAUAAAGAGAAGGCCUACACUCCAACACCUAUACAACAGAGUGCUCGCAUUAA